AUGAGUGAUAGACAGAUUGCAAGUCUUGAAAGUAAGUUUUCAGCAGGAAACUACUAUGAUCUCUUACAGUCAUACAAGGCAUUAUACUUUAGAAAUGCAUCUGCAAAGAAAUACAAGGAAACAAUCAGUCUCCUAUUGUCAGGUGCAACCAACUUUUUGAAAUACCAACAAUGGAACUGUGCUGCUGAAUUGGGUCAACUUUUAAUUGAAACAUACAAGUCUUUCGGUACUAAAUAUGAUGAUGAAUCAAAGAAUACUGUAUCAACAUUAUUUAAAGGAUUUAACUGUCCAGAGAAUGCAGCGAUGAUUACAUUCAUGAGAGAUGCUAUCAAGUGGAGUGAGAGUGCAGGUGCAGGUGAUAAAGGAAGUGACGAGUUCCAUGCACUGCUUGCCAUCGCCAUGGCAAAGAACGGUGACUAUAUAGAUGCACAGAAACACUUUAUCUUUGGAAACGACCCGAUUUCGUUCGCUGACAUGUUGGUUGCAUGGACAAGAGAUGCAUCACAAUCCGAAGUAGAUUUAUACAUUGCAAGAGCUUCAGCGGAUGCAGAACAACUAUUUCAAUCAUUCGUACAGAAACUAUCGAUUCAAACAGCCGAUUUUACACCAUUGCUCAACUAUAUUAGAUUCCUAUUGUUGACACUACAGAGAGACGCACUACCACUCUUUAAUCUUUUGAAGCAAAAGUAUGAACCAUCCAUAGCUAGAGAUCCAAUGUUUUCAAAGUAUUUGGAACAAAUAGCAAAUUUGUACUAUAAUGUACCACUUCCACAAUCUGGUGGAUUAGGAUCUUUGUUAUCCGGAUUGUUCAGUGGAUUAUCACCAAUGAUGGGUGGCGGUGGAAAUAAUUCAGGUUCAUCCGAUGUAAAUAUGGUUGAUUCCGUUGUAAAUGAUACCGAUGAUAUGGAUUAA